AGGGAGCUAAACAGCAUGUUAGUGAAAAGAUGUUCCGCAAUAAAAGCCGAGGAUUGGGGAUUUCCUCAUAAAUGGUCAAACAAUUAGGGGUUUAUAAUAGUUACCCUUCUUUACCUUAGAUAUAACGAUCAAAUCCGCCAUUAUCAUGUCAAGGGAAAGACUAUCGGGGAACUAAAACGUAAGGACGUCCUAAAGGCCAUCAUAUGUAUAACUAUAUUUAUUAGAUACUAGUAUCUCAGUGCACGCAAUGCGUGCAUGAUAGGACAUGGAGGAGUGUCGUAGUUGAAUUACCAAGGGAAUGUAUAUUUCAUUAGAUAUUCUUGAGUUUUUUUCCAAGUGAGAACACAUGUAUGUUGAAGUUUCUAAGUGUGAGGGCGUUUCAUAGUUUUUCCCAAUGCGAUGGCAUUUUUGUAGUUUUUUCCCCAGUGUUAAGGUAUUUUCUUGUGCACCGGUUAGGAAAAUUGAUAAUAUUAUAUUUAUGUAGGAAAGAGAUCUAGAGGUAGACCUAAAAAAACUUGGUUGGGAGCAAUUAAGACAAACAUGAUUAUGCUUAGCUUAACAGAGGAGAUGACCCAUAAUAGAGCGGAAUGGAAGAAUAAGAUUCAUGUAGCCAACCGCAAACAUUUGGGAUAGAAGCGUUGUUGUUGAUGUUGUUGUUGUUGUUAAGGCAUUUUCUUAGUUUUUUUCCGAAGUGUUGGGGCAUUUCCGGUACUUAAUUUGAAAUGUGACUCACAAAAAGCAAAGGGGGUCUUUUCGUAAUAUAUGGUAUAGGAUUAGUGGAAGAUGCUCCAUUUUAAUGUCACGGGGAUUAGUUGCUACAGUAAUGCUUGUUCUACUAAACUAGGUCAGUACAGACUGAUUAACUGGCAUUGUACUAGAGAAUCCAAAAUAAACAUCACCCUGGAAAGUAAUACUUUACCCAACUAGUAAGAUAACUUGAGUUUUCACGAUGAUAUUUAUUUUGGAUAUCUAUUCAUCUUUGGAACCUCAUAUCAGCUAAAGAGCACCCUGAAAAGACCUUUGUAAACCAAACUUAAAAGAAAUCUAAUGGAAAAGGAUUCAAACAGAUGAUGUGAUGCCCUCUAGCAAAAAUUCAAAUCCUAUUGAAACAUUUUUCCUGCAUAGAUCACUCAGUGAUGUUCUAAUAUAACUCACACUCUGAAAUCUAAUAUUAAUCCUGACUCAAACAAGCCGUAGAUAUAAAAAGUUACAAAAUAAAUAACUUAGACAUAACAAUGCCACUGUAGGGACAAUUCUUGCUUGAUUCUACCAACAUUGACAGUCUAGGUAUCAGAAUCAGAUGCAAGGGUAAAGCCUAAGCCAGCACAAUUCUGCCUUCAACCAUCUUUUGCACAUUCUUAUGUUUCUUCCUUAACAAUCAUUCCUUUAUUCCCUCCUAUAUGUAAACACAAACUACACUUCACAAGUUGGGCAAAAAAACAUAAUACCAAAACCAUUCAUUCAUCCUCUUAUGGCUCAAGAAAAUAAACGAGAUUAUUGUUCCAAGCUCCAUGCUUUCCUCCAAUCAACAUGUCUUGGUUUCCAUCUAAAUCCUUUAGUUAGACAUCCAGAACUGUCAGCUACGACCAAGGUAACCAUCGUGGUUGCUCGAAGCUCAAUCAAGUCAGGCCCGAGCAAGUCGAGCACCAUCCAACUCUAUAGCAAAACCCAAAUUGAUCCUACUACAGGUAAAGGCAAGUUAAGCGAAGAGACGAGUUUUAAAAAUGGGAAGAGCACAAAACACGGAGAGAGUAACACAAUAACCUAUCAUGUUUUGUUGCAUAUUGAGCCUGAAUUUGGAGUUCCAGGGGCAAUUGUUGUAAAGAAUGGGGAUCAGAAUGAGUUCUUUCUGAAAUUUGUGACGGUGGAAGGAGAAGAUGGUGGGAGUAUCUACUUUAAUUGCAAUUCAUGGGUGUAUCCGGUGAAAAAGACAAGUGUUGAUCGUCUCUUCUUUUCUAAUACGAGCUAUCUACCAAGCGAGACACCAGAAGCACUGCGAUCACUGCGACAAGAGGAGCUUGCCAGUUUGAGAGGAAAUGGAAGAGGAGAGAGGAAAGCAUGGGAUCGGAUAUAUGACUAUGAUCGUUACAAUGAUCUUGGUGCUCCUGAUAAGGGCGAAGACCAUGUUAGACCCGUUCUAGGGGGUUCUAGAGCAUAUCCAUACCCUCGUCGAGGGAGAACUGGACGUCCUCUUAGUAUAGAUCGAAUGACAGAGACUAGGCACAAAUUGAUCAACCUCGAUUUCUAUGUGCCACCCGAUGAGCGUUUCAGCCCGAGCAAGCUAUCAGAGUUCAUUACGAACUCUCUUCAAGCAAUACUUCACUUUGUGAUCCCAGAAGUAAAAUCUUUGUUCCAAGGAGACCAUGGAAACUUCGAAUCUUUUGAGCAGGUAACAAAGGACUUGUAUGCUGGUAAAAGAAGCUAUAUCCUCGAAGGAAAAGUGAUGGACAAGUUGAAGAGUUUUCUUCCUGAAGAACUGUUUAAAGAAGUUUUAAGGAUGACGAAGGGCAAUCCUGUCAAGUUUCCGGUUCCACAGGUUAUUGCAGCUGAUGAAUAUGCAUGGAAAACCGAUGAGGAAUUUGCACGGGAAAUGCUUGCAGGGCUUAAUCCAGUGAUGAUCAAACGGUUGGAGACUUUCCCACCUAUAGGAAAAGGAGGGAAGCGAAGCUCAAUCACUAUUCUAGAUAUAAGAAAAAGCAUUGGUCGCGUAACUGUUCAACAGCUUAUGAAUCAGAGGAGGAUAUUUAUCUUAGAUCACCAUGAUUAUCUAAUGCCAUAUCUAAAGCGAAUUAACGAACAAAAAGAUGUCUGCGUAUAUGCUUCUCGUACUCUAUUACUCUUAAAACUUGAUGGAUCCCUUAAGCCGCUAGCUAUAGAGCUAAGCUUGCCAGGAGAAGAAGAAGGAGAGGAGAUAAAUAGGGUAUUUCUCCCCGCAACUGAAGGCACUGAUGCUGCAUUAUGGCAGCUUGCUAAAGCUCAUGUUGCAGUUAAUGACUCAGGUUACCAUCAACUUAUCACUCACUGGUUACAUACACAUGCAGCGGUUGAACCCUUCGUUAUAGCUACAAGAAGACAAUUAAGCGCGAUGCAUCCUAUUCACAAACUACUCCAUCCACAUUUCAAGGACACAAUGCAUAUAAAUUCACUUGCACGGAGUAUACUCUUGAAUUCUGGUGGAAUUCUUGAGAUGACAAUGUUUCCUGGCAAGUUCUCCAUGGAGUUAUCGUCAAAGAUUUAUGAAAAUUGGCGAUUCGAUGAACAAGGGCUCCCUGCUGAUCUUCUCAAAAGAGGACUAGCCGUGAAGACAGAGCAAGAACCCUCGAGCAUCCGCCUCCGAAUCACAAGACUAUCCCUACGCCGUCGAUGCCUUGACAUCUGGUCCGCCAUAACCACCUAUAUUUCGUCCUACUGCUCCCUCUUCUACCCCUCUGACGCUUCCGUUGUCUCUGACGUCGAGCUCCAAUCUUGGUGGACUGAAAUCCGCCAAGUUGGCCACGGCGACUCCCCAGCCUCCUCGUGGCCCAAUCUUGACUCGCUCCAAAAUCUAACCACUUCCCUCACCACCAUCGUCUGGAUUGCCUCCGCUCUCCACGCCUCUGUCAACUUCGGUCAGUACGCUUAUGCCGGAUUUCUCCCUAAUAGGCCAACAAAAUGCCGUCGGUUCAUCCCGGCCGAGGGCACGCCGGAGUUCGCUGAGUUCUUGAAAGACCCUGAUAGGUUCUUUUUACGAAUGCUGACGGACCGAUUCACAGCGACGCUGGGUAUUGCGUUAAUCGAGGUUUUAUCAAGGCAUACGGGGGAUGAGGUGUACUUAGGGAGGAGAGAUGAUGGGGAGUGGACUAAUGAUGAAGAGGUGAAGAGGGUAUUUUUGGAAUUUGGGGAGGAGCUGAGGAGAGUUGAGAAGAAGAUUGAGGAGAGGAAUUCGAACAUGCUGCUGAAAAAUCGUCGGGGAUUAGUGAAUGUGCCGUAUAUGUUGAUGUAUCCGGAUACCGCGAAUGUUGGUGGUGAGAAGGGGUUGACAGGGAGAGGAAUUCCUAAUAGUGUGUCUAUUUGAUAGUAAGAUAAAAAUUUGCGUACAUUGUUUGGUUGUGAAUGAUAAGAUGUGGAUUUAUGGGUUGAUGUUUUAAUUUGUUGAAGAAAAGUUUCUUGGAGAUUUGUGUGUUCGGGACUGAAGUAUGUACGUUCUGUUGAAGUUGGCUUGUAAGAGAAUUUGAUCAUCGAAUAAA